AUGGAAAACCUCUUCUACAAAGGUGCCCAACUGAUGCGGACUACAUUGGAGACCCUGAAGGAGAGAGAGCAGAUUCUUUUGCAAGCACGGGCAGAUCGACCAGGCUCCGAGAGAGUAGUUGCCAUGAUCACUAAGUUGUUCGAAAAGAUGGAUCGCCAGACGGAAAUGUUGGUUCCAUCAAAGCUCGAAACUGGAAAGGAUGGCUUCCCCAAUAAACGACAACGAACGGAGCGCGAGGGCCCGUUGGAGACAGAAAGCAAGAAUGCCAAUUUUGCCCUAGACUCCUCCGAGGAAACCUCACUAAAGCAGAAGAAUCAGGACUUGUCGACAACGCUUGAUGGAAUGAAAAGUACCAUCUAUGAAUACCUCGCGACCACAAAGAAGCAUCUAGAGACAGGUAAUGUAGAGGGAAUGGUCCACGCUUUCACUAGCUUUCCUACGGAGCUUUGCCAAUGGAUUAAGGAUGAUGGCCGCCUCGAAUGCUACAGUGAUGACAAGAUGAAGGAAUGGGUCACAAGAUUCAAUGGGCAGGCCCGACAAGGCGCAGAACAAAUCCAACCCAGAUAA